UCAAAUUUUCCUUAGAGUUUCCUGUCUGUGUUUCGCGCUUUUCCAUUGAUCAUCAACCGUAAAAUAGUGUCUGCUGAUCAAUUUUGCUGUUUCCUCCUGAAUUUCUAAUAGAAAUCUACUGAAUCGAUUUUACGAUGGGUAACGAAAGCUCAUUGCCUAUGGAAUUAUGCUCGAACUUUGAUGUUGACGAAAUUAGAAGAUUGGGAAAACGAUUUCGGAAGUUGGAUCUGGAUAAUAGUGGAGCUUUAAGUAUCGAUGAAUUUAUGUCCUUGCCAGAAUUACAACAAAAUCCCUUAGUUCAACGUGUUAUUGAUAUAUUUGAUGCAGAUGGUAAUGGAGAAGUAGACUUUAAAGAAUUUAUUCAUGGUGUUUCACAGUUCAGUGUUAAGGGUGAUAAAGAAAGCAAAUUAAGAUUCGCUUUUAGAAUUUAUGAUAUGGAUAACGAUGGUUUCAUAAGCAAUGGAGAAUUGUUCCAGGUAUUGAAAAUGAUGGUAGGCAAUAAUUUGAAAGACACACAACUGCAGCAAAUAGUUGAUAAAACAAUAUUAUUUGCUGAUAAAGAUGAGGAUGGGAAAAUUAGUUUCGAGGAAUUCUGUUCUGUUGUCGGUAAUACAGAUAUACAUAAGAAGAUGGUGGUUGAUGUUUAAAUAAUCAAAAUGUAUAAAAAAAAGUAUUAGAUAUCAAUAUAUGAUAAUAUCAGUUUAACUAUAAAUUCAUUAUUAA